UCAGAGAAGAAGAAGAAGAAGAUUAUAUUUUACCGACAUAAACAUCGGCGCAGUCAGCUAAGAGAAGCCGUUAGUUGGAUCCAAAUUGCGGCAGAACCCGAGGAGUUAGUUCGUUCAUCAGAUAUGGACCGACACCGGAAACAGCUAGAGGUGGUUUUAAACCCGGAAACGGAGCUGCGAGAAGCUUUACCAUCAGAUGUCCAGAAAGUGAUUGUUGGUGAAGAACAUCAGCAGGAAUGGAGCUCCAGUCUGGACCAGGAGGACACAAAGCCCCCACACAUUAAAGAGGAACAGGAGGAACUCCGGAUCAGUCAGGAGGGAGAGCAGCUUCAGGAGCUGGAGGAGGCUGAUAUCACCAAGUUCCCAUUCACUCUUCUCCAUGUGAAGAGUGAAGAGGAUGAAGAGAAACCUCAGUUCUCCUUAGAUCCAGGUACACGUUUACAACCAGAUACUGAUGACGAGACUGGAGACUCGUCUGAAGCUGAGACUGACGACAGUGCUGAUUGGAAGGAGACCAGAGAACCUCAGUCAGGUUUAAACUCUCUGAAUAACAAUGAAGUCCCAGUCUGUGAUUUGAGAUGUAGUUCUGAUGCGAAAAAGUAUGUGAAAAGAUUUGGCACCAGUGGACAUCUGAAGAGCGACGUGAGAUCUCAUACAGGAGAAAAUACAUUUAGCUGCUCAGUCUGUAGCAAAGCUUUUACAGUAAAUGGAAGUUUACAAAAACACAUGAAAAUUCACAAAGGAGAAAAAUCAUUCAGCUGCUCAAUCUGUAAGAAAGCUUUUAUAGAGAGUGGGUAUUUAAAUAGACACAUGAGAAUCCACACAGGAGAGAAGGCAUUUAGCUGCUCUGUCUGUAAGAAAGCUUUUACAUUGAGUGGAAGUUUACAGAAACACAUGAGAAUCCACACAGGGGAGAAACCAUUCAUCUGCUCAGUCUGUAAGAAUGCUUUUACAGAGAGUGGAAGUUUGCGUAGACACAUGAGGAUCCACACUGGAGAGAAACCAUUCAGCUGCUCAGUCUGUAAGAAAGCUUUUACAGUGAGUGGAAGUUUGAAGACCCACAUGAGAAUCCACACAGGAGAGAAACCAUUUAGCUGCUCAGUCUGUAAGAAAGCUUUUACAUUAAGUGGAAAUUUACAAAAACACAUGAGAAUCCACACUGGAGAGAAACCAUUUAGCUGCUCGGUCUGUAAGAAAGCUUUUACAUUGAGUGGAAGUCUACAUAUUCACAUGAGAACCCACACACACAGGAGAGAAAAAAUGUAGCCAUGUGGAGUGGAGAUCCAGUCUGGAAGGAGAACAGAGGACCUCAGUCAGGUUUAAACCCUCUGAAAAUAAAUGAAUUCUCUAAAAGUGAUGUGAGAUGUUAUACUCCGUCGGUCCUUGAAAGUCCUAAGUCUCGAAUCCAAUCAUCAUCCAGCAGAUGGUGCGUGUGCCUGCUUAGAGUAAACCAGUCAUUAUCACCGUGCCGAAAACGGCUGAAGAACAAAAACCGUUAGCACCAAGCUAUCUACAAAGACUGAAGGUACCAGCUUCAUCCAGCCUCAGACCUGCCAACCUGUACGCAUUUUGCGUAGUAGAUACGCAUUUUGACAUCUAAAUACGGUGAUACGAUUUGUCACUUUAAACUACGCAAAAAUCAGGUGACUGCUUUGAGUUCACUCGUUGACGUGCAGUAACCGUCUCAGUCCACACUUGAUGGUAGUAGGCGGCUAAAACCUAUGGCUAAAACAGCGUAGCAGCCAUGAGCAUGCUGGAAAAAAAAACUAAAGAAGAAGAGUUGGACCAAUCACAGCGUCGGGUUCCUUCCUCUAAUGUCAAGAGGGGAUAUCGGUUACUGAUAGUAAAACGAAAGCAUCAAAUGCAAGUGUUAUUCCUCCCUCAUUCCCAUUUUAGUUUGGUUGGUUUCCCCCAUAUAUCUAUGGGUUUUCCCGAGGGAGAACGGUGCUUGCAAAGGUAAACUGAUUUUGAUGUAGAAAGGUGAAAUUGUGAAAUGAAUUAAUUUACGUAGCCUACCUGUCAACUUUGGAGAAAUAUUAUUUAUAUUAUUAUUAUUAAUAAAGCCUUGCAUUUGGUA